UCAUUCUCUUUUUUUUUGCUACCAUCGAAUAACCGUCGAACAGUUCCAUUUGAGAGAAUAUUAAAUGUGAGAUUAGACAACACUUCGACUGGACACUGUGGAAAAACUGGCUAUUGUGCUGCGCGUUAGUCAGCUUGGGAAGUCCGCCGGAUAAAUACACGAGGACAUCACGGAAAAAUCUAUGAAGAACAGCGCUAGAGGAUACUUGCCGCGGGAUAAGGACAUCUUGUCGCAUGAGCAUGGCCGGAUUUUAACGGAAGAAAUAUCAAACCUAAUUAUUACCAUGGCUUCAAAUGCCCAUCUCCGAAGAGCACUUCACUAUGUGUUUAAGAUUCCGGAUCGUUCCUUGACCAUGAGAUUUUACACUGACGUUCUUUUGAUGCGGGUGCUUCGUCAUGAAGAAUUCGAGAAGGGUUGCCUUGCAGCAUGCAACGGAAGAUACGAUGGGUUCUGGAGCAAGACGAUGGUCGGUUAUGGUUCUGAAGAUGACCAUUUCGCUAUGGAGCUUAUAUACAAUUACGGUGUGGACAAAUAUAAGAAAGGCAACGAGUUCAAGGGGAUCGUCAUUCAAAUGAGCAACGUUCUAAAACGUGCUCAAGAAAAUAGGUGGACAGUUCAACAGGAGAAUGACAAAUCAUAUGUCGAAGCUCCAGGCGGAUUCAAAUUUUACGUUGAAGAAGACAGUUCCGAAAGGAAGGAUCCCGUGAGACAAGUUAUUUACAGCUGUACAAAUGUGGAAAAAACACGUCGCUUUUGGGUGACUAUGCUGGGGUGCGAGGUGGUGGAAAGCGGCGACGAUUUCCUUGAAGUCGCAUACGACAAAUCUAAAACGUCGCUCCGUUUCGAGAAGAUCUUUGAGCCGAUUGAUAGGGGUGAAGCCUAUGGACGUGUGGCGUUCGCAUGCCCCCGAAACCAACUACCAGAAAUCGAAGCCCAGGUGAAAAAUGCUGACAUAGGCACCGUAAUUACUCCACUGGUAUCCUUAGAAACGCCCGGUAAGGCAUCUGUCGAAGUCGUCAUUUUGGGAGACCCAGAUGGACAUGAGAUAUGUUUCGUUGGCGAUGAGGGAUUUCAUGAGCUAUCUAAGGAGGAUCCGGAAGCGAGUCAAGUUCUCCAAGAAAAGAUGAAAGAAUAUGAUGCGUACGUUGAAAAAGUCCAAAGAAGGGAUCGGCGCUUUUAGAUAUCUCUUAGAAAUUGAAGGUUUAUCCAUAAAAGCAAAUUAUCUGCUAAUGCGUACGUAAUAAACAUUCCCCAUCAAAUUUCAAAAAGGAAGCAGCUGAAACUAAUUUAAUAUCGUAUGCACAUAUAUUCAUAGUC